UCCUGGUAGUGCAAAAACAUGUUGGGGAUGUACCGUUGAAUUAUUAUACUUGUGAAGGAUCUAUUUCGAAGUGAUGUUACUUCUAUAUGUGACAGAUAUGUCAUAAUAUUAUCUACUUGGUCUAUAAUAACGGUACAAGAUGACACUUCGUGUCCCGUCUAACGACAAUAUCGGCAGACUCAGUGGGCGGGUGAUGCUGCAGCUUCGAGAUGACCUAGACACCGCCCCUGAAUCACAGAACUGGAGAGCCUUGUCAGCAAUACUCAGAGAGCCUUAUGUGUUCAAGCAGCAGGAGAUUGAGAGAUUUGCCAUGCAGAUCUACAGCAACGGAAGUCCAGCCAACCAGUUGUUAUUAUCUCUAGGAGGUCGUGGAAUGACAGUGAAGGAGCUUGUGCACUAUCUGGAUCAGCUCAAACUUGAGAAAAUUCUCAGGGAGUUCAAAAACUAUGAGCCCAUAGAGAUCCAGGAGCAGCCGGAGAGCCUGCAGAAGCUGUAUGCCGGUGAAAAGCUGGUGGUGUUUGUGAGAGCUACAGGCUUUCCAUAUCCCCGGUACCAGUGGUUUAAAGGAGACACUAGAAUCGACAGGGCAACGGAGAGCAUGUUAACAAUCAACAAUGUCAAAGAGAAGGACAGUGGGGACUAUAUUUGCCGCCUUCACAACAGUGCAGACAACAAUCAAGUCAAAUUUUCUGAUUAUGGCAGCAUCAGAGUAUAUCCCAAGAGUCUAGUGCUGGAAAAAGCAGACAUUCCCAUGGAGAUAGGCCAUCCGCCAGCAGUGUACCCGGCAGAGGAGGAGGAGUGUUUUCUUCCGGUGAUAACAGGCCACCCAAGGAACAGCUAUGUUUUCAAUGGCCAUUCCUUUAUUCUGCUGUGUGAAGCCAAGGGGAGACAACCAAUGCGCUACAGGUGGUUUAAUGAAGACAAGUUCUACAAGGAAUCUCAUAUCCCCUACUUCCAGGUUGAUAAUGCUACCCCUCAUGACAGUGGGAGAUACACAUGCACCGUGAUAAAUGACUUCGGCCAAGCAGUCAGUAUCCCAGCGGUGAUAAUGGUGGCAAAUGAACCACAGCCACAUGCCGGAUCCCUGCCCCAGAUCAUCCAGCAGCCGGUCAGCUGCCAGGUUCCCCUUGGAAGCCCCGCCAUGUUUGUCUGUGAGGGUUGUGGACAACAACCUUUACAGUAUCAGUGGUUUCAAGAUGGCUUCCCAAUCCCAGGGGCGACAUUAUCACAGCUGGCUCUGCCCCAAGUGCAGCGGGAAGCGGUCCUCCAUUGCCAGGUGUCCAACAGAUGGGGCCGCGCCUGCUCCAACACAGUCUUCCUCCGAAUCCAGAUCACCUCCCCGAUGCCACACACGGUCGGAGGAUAUUCAGCCACAGACAAGGUAGCUCUUCUCAUCGGAAACUACAACUACAGAUGUGAAAUAAGUCUCAAAGCACCCAAAACAGACAUUCAGAUCUUGUCAGAUAUCUUCCGGAGACUUGACUUCAAGGUCGUGUCCUUGUUGAACUUGACCUUGAAUGAGAUGAAGGCAGCCGUUGAUGCAUUCUGUGAACUUCUGGGUGAUGGGGUGUACAGUGUGUUUUAUUUCUGUGGCCAUGGCUUUGAGGAGAAAGGUCACUGCUACUUUGUGCCGGAGGAUGCCCAGACCGAUUUCAAGGAAACAGAUUGUCUCAGUGCAAAUUCUGUGUUGGACUCGUUGCAGCGGAAGAAGCCUAAGAUCUGCACCAUGAUCCUCGACAUCUGCAGGAAAAAAAACAAGAAUGGGCCACCAGUGGAAGAAACUGUUUCUGUUGCUCCAAGGGCAAACUCUGAGGGAAACUCCUGCAUUUGUUAUGCAACAUGUGCUGGCAUGGCAGCAUAUGAGAUCGGAGAGUCGGGCAUCUUGGUAAAACACCUGCAGAAGUACCUCAGUCAGCCUAUGAAGAUAGAAGAUGUCUUCUCCUGCAUGAGACAUGAUAUAGGGAAGGAAGAGCUAGUUAAAGGAAAACAGAUUCCUGAAGUAAUCACAAACAUCCUCCAGCCCGGACGCUCUUUCACUGACCAAAUUGCGUAUCGCAAUGGCUGGACUGAGGCCUUUAACAGGCGCCAGAUUGCCUGGGAACAUGCUCACAAAGUGCCAGCCUCUGUCACCAUCCUGGCCUGCAAGGACCUGGGGAUUGUCCUGGAGCUGGAGUUUCAGUCCAUCUUCUCCAACGUACUCCAUGUGUUCGUCACCGUCAAAGACAAGGGCCAGACUGAGGAAUGUAUCGCUUGGAUCGCUCGGAUCCCAACAACUGUAUCAGUGGCGGACCAGCCCACCAUUGUGACUGAGGGGAAGACGCGCAACUCAAUCCAGGACAUACAGAAACUGAAGAAUGACCUUGAGAUCACCCUGUCUGUCAAGUACCGAGUAAAGUCCAAGGUAGAGCCUCAUAUCCUAUAUCCUGACAAGGUCAACUUGGGCAUGCCACUGGUGGCUCAGCUGAGACUAUGGGAGCCCAGAAAUGCCAAGUCAUCUCUGAGGGAGCCAACAGAACAAGCAGAGGAGGUUGAUGCAACAAAUGGAAGCCACUCAAUGUGAUGGCACAUACAAGUUGCUGUAGUCCUUGACGUGGACAACCUGUCAGAGAUGGGGGAGUCUUGACACAAGUAGCUGUGGACAUGUUUGGGUGACACUGCUGGUUUCACCAUCUAACAAGAGGGUUGUCCUAACAAAAGUUAUAGUCAUCCUGACACAAGUAGGAAUGGAUGUUUAUUUGAACACAAAAAGUGCCUCUCCUUCAGAGAAUGCUGCCAUCUUGGUACAAGUGGUGAACAUCAUAAAGUCACUACUUGGUAAUUGACAAGACAAGGCAGUGUGUGUGGACUGUUUUCUCAGGGUGUUUACUAAUAUAGACAUCAUCAGUCAGAUAAUUAUUUGCUUCUGUGAUGUUUGUUGUUUGAGUGAGUGAAUGGUGGUGAGAUAUAACAUGUGUACAGUAUUUGGAGGUCUUCAUAUUGUGAAGUAGUUGUGCAAACUACAAGUAUGUCAGGUAUGCUUUUGAAAACGUGUGACAUGAAACACAUACAGCACGUACAGUUGCCUGUCUCCCAAAGGAAACUGUUCUCUAUUAGCUGAUGCACUGAUUAAAAGGAUGAGUAAUCAUCUUUGAUUAGAGAUAAGAGAGAUGUCGCUUAAAGUCACUUCCAAAGCAAAGUUAUGGUGGCUGUUUGAUCAGAGUAUUCAAUCAUAAUAAAAUGGGUAAAUAGAAGUAAAACCUUUGAUGACUGAACAGAAAUGUCCAUUAAUACACAUUCUGGUAAGUCCAAACAAACAACGGCAGCAACACAGGAAGUUCAUAUGAACUCAAGUGACCUUCAGGAUAAACUUGAAAGUAGACUUCGGAACCAUACAGGAUGUCGGAACUUUUAUUACAAGUAAAGCCAGUGCUCUGUGUUAAUCUGCUAUCAUGACAGUCUCUCAAGAAAAAAAUCACCAGUUUUAAAGAAAUUGUAUAUUGUUCUCCAGAUGAAUUCAUUUAGAAAGAACAUGAAACUCAGAUUGUAGUCUCUGAUUGUUUAUUGUUAUUGUCCAUCCACCUCAAAUUAUUGAUAUUAUUUGGAAGGUUUCAAAAAUUACCUGAGAAUUACUCCCAUUCCAUUUUGUAAAUUUGUUUCAUAUUUGAAUGUUUGCUGUUAAAUGUACUGCUUAUGUAUUGUUUAAAGUAAUGGCUGGAAAAUGACCAAUGCUGCCUUAUCUUAUAUUUUAACCCCAAACAUUUUGGUAGUUCCUACCUGAUGAUCCCUCAGCUGUGAUUGGACAAAUGAUUAGAGCGCAUUCAAGGUCACAAGAAACAAACAUAUGGGUCUGUCACAACAGAUGCUUCUGUUCUGAAUAGAAAGAGUUUAUUAUCUGUGUGGACUGCUUUCACUACAACAGUGUGUGUAGGGAUGUUUUAAACAUAUUUUAUUCAAAAAUGAAAUGGAUUGGGCACAAGUUAUCCAACUUAGGAACGCCCUCUCCCAGAAGUAACAUAUUUCAUAUUUAAUGUAUAAAAGCAUUGACAACAGGGAUUUGUUGAGUGAAUUUACAAGAUCUUUAAAGAUGAUGUGUAUAGUAUAUAGAAGAAUAAAACUACAAAAAU